AUGGAAUCAAAGACUGAAUUUGAUGUGAUUAUAGUUGGACUAGGAUGUGUCGGAAUUGCUGCAGCAUUCUAUUGCACUAAAAUGGGAUUAAAAGUUCUAGGAAUUGAAAGAUUUAAUGAUACAGGUUCAAUUGGUACAUCCUCAUAUGGCUUCACAAGAAUUUGGAGAAUGUGUCAUCCAGAUCUGAGAUACAAUGAUAUGUAGCAAGAAGCCAUAGAAGUUUGGAGGGAGAUUGAACAGAGAACGAAAAAAGAAAUCUUAGUGAAAACAGGAUUCGUUUGGAUAGGUCCAAAAGAUCAUCCAGAUUUUAAAUCUGUUGUUGAUUCGAAAUAAGGAGAAUUUAUGACUAAUCAACAGCUUAAGAGCAAGUAUUCUGGACUAUCAGCAAUUCCGGAUGAUCUUAGCGGAAUCUUUGUUGAAAAUGCCGGCAUUGUUAGAGUUCAAAAUGCAUUAUAAGGAACUAAGUAACUUGCUAUAGAAUAAGGAGCUUCUUUAAAAUUCAACACGAAAGUUUAGAAAAUUGACAAAGUUAAGGGCGAAGUAACUUUGGAAUCAGGUGAAGUUUUAAGAGCUAAAAACAUAGUCGUUUGUUGUGGGUCUAUAUCAGAUCAAUUUUAUGAAAAAGGUAUCUUUGAAAUGAGAAAAUCACCAUAAGAAACAUAUGUCAUAAGUGAUAAUUCUGGACUGCCGCCAACAAUGAUAAUGCAUGGAGCAAAAGAACUAGAGGGAUUCGAUCUCUAUGCUUUACUUGAUGGUGAAAAUCUAUAGAAUUAUAAGUUUGGCUAUGAAGCUGAGGCUACAGAUAACACAAAAACACUACCAAUUCUAAAGAAAUAUUUCCCUACCAAAUACGAGAAGCUUAUUCAUGUUCAACCUUGCAGUUAUGCAAUUACUGAAGGAGAAGAAUUUAUUUUUGAAAGAAAAGACAAAGCUAUAUAUGCCUUUGGACUAAAUGGAAGAGGAUUCAAACACAUGCCUUAUCACGGCAAAAGAAUAUAUCACCUUGUUGCUGGAAAUUAAUAGGAAGCUGACAAGUACAAGAAGUCUAGAAAUAUUCCAAUUCAAUCAGAAAGUAAAAUGCAAGAGCCCAUAGCAAAAUUAUGA